CUGUAAUUUGAAAGUGUUUCUACUCUCAAAGGCUGUGGAUUUUUGAGUGCAACGUACAUGUCAAUGCCGCCAUUUAUACUCUUCGUAACGGUUUUUCAGUUUUAAGUGUCGGUUAAGAACAAAAAUGAGUGCUGCGAUUAGGGACAUUAAUGGUCAUGUUGCGGACCAUUUAAGUGAAAGAAUACGAACGAUGACAUUUUCUUUAAUAAGUGAUUUACUGUCAAAAUGGAAAGCUAUGUACGAUUUAACAGAAGAAGAAAAAGACCGACGGAUUGAGAAAUUAAUGAUGUAUGUAAAGGGAUUUUAUGAUGAAAUUGCUGAAAGUGAAGAAGAAAAGAGAGUAGAAAUGUUAAAUAAAAUAGAACAUAAGUUGCAGGAGUUCUAUAAAUUACAGAAGGAAUUGGAUAUGUACGAUGAAAUAUUUACAAUGGAUGUGAAAGAACCUUACACUGAAUUUUUAAAAGAAGUCGAGAAGUCAAUGGCUCGAUUUGUAGAAGAGAAGGACAAAAGAUUAGAAAGGUUGAAGAAACUGCUAGUUGAGGAACAAGAACUCUGCUUGGCUCUUGGAUGUUCUCCUCAGCAACCUUUACCUAAUGCUGUGCCUUCAGAAAACCAACUUGAUGCAUUGCAGUUAAGAAUAUUUGAGCUUAACGAAGAUAAGAUAUGUCGUCUGAGGACUUAUGUAGAUUCACGCUCUAUCAUCACCAACUUGACUAAAAUACUGGAACGUGAACCAGCUACAUUGUUUGAGAAAGAUGUUCACAUGAAUACUGAAGAAUCUUUCCAGCCAACUGCAGAAAAUAUGAAGAAAUUGGAGAGUUUAAAAACCAUGCUAGAAAAGUUACACGAAGAGGCCAUUAUUAAACGUGAGGAUUUAUUGGAAAAAUUGGCCAAGCUUUGGGACCGUCUGAAAGUUGAUUCUAGUUAUAGAGAAGAAUUUCUUUUCAAAUAUCCAUCAAUAUCUAGGAGUAACAUGGAAGCAAUUGAGCGAGAAAUAGAUCGUUGUGAGCGCCAGAAGCGUGAGAACAUGCGCCAAGUAAUAGAGUCUGCUAGAGAACAAAUUAGGGAACUCUGGGAUAAAUUGACCUAUUCAGAUGAGCAACGACAACAGUUUAAACAUUUUACUACUGAUCAUUACUCUGAAGAUGUAUUGGAUCUCCAUGAAAUUGAAAUAGAAAGGCUAGAGCUUUUCUAUCUUCAAAACCAGCAUAUCUUUGAACUUGCUGAAAAAAGGAAUGAACUCUGGGAGAGGAUGCUUCAUCUAGAUUUCAUUGCACAAGACAAAACCAGACUUUUUAAUAACAGAGGAGGUCAAUUGUUAAAGGAAGAAAAAGAAAGGAAGGCCUUAGAAGUGAAUUUGCCAAAGGUAGACAAACAGCUAAAGGCAGCCCUGCUGGAAUUUGGAGAACCAUUCUAUUGGCAUGGACAUGAUCUUUUACAAAAAAUUACUAAUGACUGGGAAGAGAGGAUUGCUGUAAAGGAAUCAAAAAAAUUAGCCAGGAAAUUUGAGAAUCAGAAGGCAUUGGAAACUGAAGCCAUGUUGGGUAGUCGUCCAGCAGCAAAUCAGCAGAAGAGGAAGGGUUUGCCGCCAACGGGUGGAGGCCAGCCAAAGGCGAGGAGGUGUGACCUGGCUGAUCGCACCGUUACUCUCAAGGUCGGAUAUAGUAAUCUUGGUAACAGUAGAAGUGUAGAGCAUGGUUUAGAAAGCGCUAUUAGCAGAGAAAAUGUAGGUCAGUUCUCUAUUUCUAUUCUUCCUUCUUGCAUGAUCUUUUCUCUUUCCGGACCAGAGCUUUGUUGGCAUACUGGAGUACGAACACCAGUAGGUCUAACGAGAACUCCUCUUAGCACAAGCACAUCAUCUCUGGCUUCAUACUCUCAAUUCCAUGAAGGAAUAGAGAGAUCUGUAACAAGAUCUGCUUUGAAAGAAGUGGGCAACACUCCAGGCAUUGCACACUCAUCGCCUACCCUGGUCACUCCUCGUCGUGGAACCCCUGCCUCUAGCAAAAGGACUCCUCAAACAAUACCUCGUCUUACUCAUUGUCGUAAAAGGCUUCCGAUCAACAUAUAAAGAUUAUUAAGUUACUCCUAUGCUUGAUGUACAUUGUAUGAUAAAAAAUUUUAGUGAUUAACGCCUAAUAAUAUUAAUGUUUAAGAUUGUGAUUUUUAUCCAUGAACUAUUUAUUUUUUUUAUAUUUUAUGGUCUAAUGUUAGUCUAGAAAUUGUUUCUAUAUAAACAUCUAUUUGUUUUUAUCCCUUAUUUUAUUUCUACCAUUUCAUUUACCAAGUACUACUGCCUUUUCACUUGUCUUUUCAGACUUUUUUUUUUAAAAUUUAUUUAAUGAAAUUUACUACUGUAUAAACAAUACAACUAGUAAAAAUGCACACAUUAGAAAUCAUGACAUGAACAGACUUGAAGUGAAGAGAUACUGCCCAGUGGUAGCACUCCCUAUUUAAUUCUAUGUGAGAAGAUCACGAGGCCAUCUUCUUCUCAGACGCCUAAAGGUAUUAUCAGGAAUCGAGGAAGAAGUAAGGCUGGAAACAAGUGGAUUCUGAUGGGAAUGGAGUUUAUCAUGAAAGGAUAGGUAUCUGGCUCGGGCUAAAUCAGCAGAAUAUGGGACAUUAAGGUCUUUAUGAAGAAUUUUGGAUUGUAAGGAUUGGAUACGAUAGGAAUUUGAUGGUUUGGUAGAACCCCAAAACUCAACUCCAUAUGUCCAUAUAGGUCUUAUUAUGGUUAAGUAGAUGAGUCUUGUAAUUAAUUGAAAGUUUAGAGCGUUUGUCUAGUUAGUGUUGGAGCAGUCAGACUUGUUGAAAAGAAAGAAAAAAAAAUGUAAAACGUUCUAGUUAAAAAUGAACUUCAAACUGAAGAUGAAUAUAGAACAUAAGUUUAAGGGUGGGAUUUCGAACAGUGGCAUUAUUUUGGAUUUCUUGUGGGCAACCAGACUGUGGACAAUCAUUGUCAUAAAUUUUAUGAUUGAAAUUUGGCAAAGCAAUUAUCACAUAUGCGUUCAAUAAAGGCAUCAGCCCUACAAAAUUCUGCUGCAAGUUUUUGAAAAUAACAAUAAGUGCAAACUUGUCAAUAAUGAACUAUAUUUUCUUCCAUAUUCACAGUGCAACAGCAGCAAACACAAUAUUAAUCUAAUUUUAAAAAGAGUUGACAUAUAACAAAUAGUAUAAGCAAAAUUAGAAUGAACAGUUUUCAAUUAUUAAUCUCUUUGUAGACAUUAAAUUUUGUUCAUGAAAGGAGAAAAAGAAGAGACAGCCAGAAAUAAUUUUUCUUGUUAUUUUGUGAAGAUUUUUCUCGUUUUGUAAAAUUGAAUGACAUUAAAGCUUCUUCAGUGUAUUUUUUCAAUUGCUUUAUUUUAUGGUUAUUCAAAAAAUAUGCUGAAGCACCAUUCCUUUUCCUAUAAUGUAACUGUAUUUUAAUUAUAACAAAUAAUUAAGUGCCACGAAUUUUUUUUUAGUGUGGCUAGAGUCAGUAGGUCCGUUAUUCAUUUAUAUUUCAUUGUGGGUCUUUUUUUUUUUUUAUACUAUUAAAUAAUAUCAGCACUGGCAUUUAUGAUAACACUACAUGUAUAAGUAAAUAACAUAAUCGGAACCAACUUGUUUACCAAGCUUGAUGGCACACUCAAGUUUCUUCGAGAGUUCUCAGCUCCAUAUAAUCUCCCCGAGCAUAUGCAGGUCUGGCAUUCUCAGUCUCCUGAUACCAUCUCUUAUUUCUCCUUUAGUUCAUAAUAAAUUGUUUUCACUGUUUAUAUUUAACCGUUUUUAUUCAGUAUGUAAUUGGUGAAAUAGUUGAUUUUUUAAAUCAAACAAAAUUACAGGUACUUUAGAGGAAGAAAUUUUGAAAUCUUUAUAUUUAUGCCCCAUUGAAAACAUCAAUGAGGAUAAAACCUACCUUAUAUUGAAAAAUUCCAAUUAUGUACGAUCCCUUGAUUAUGGAUUAGUAGGAGCUAAUGCUUAAAUCUCAGUUAAUAUUUCAUCAAUACCAUUAAAACAACAAAAUUCCUAUUUAUUAUAUCGACGGUAA